UCGAAGAGGAACGGAACAUAACUUCCGUUGCAUGAUGGCGACACUCGUCUAUUUCUUUUCGUGCGGUUCUUUAACAUGACUGGUUUGUCGAACAGGGCCGUUGUUAUUGAUGGUCGUGGCCAUCUGGUUGGCCGUUUGGCCUCCGUUGUUGCCAAAUACCUUCUUCAAGGAGGUAAAGUGGCAGUUGUACGUUGCGAGGAAUUGAACCUAUCUGGCCAUUUCUACAGAAAUAAAAUUAAGUACUUGGCGUAUUUGCGCAAACGCUGUAACGUAAAUCCUGCUCGUGGUCCAUAUCACUUCCGUGCUCCAUCAAGAAUUUUCUUCAAAGCUGUACGAGGCAUGAUUCCACACAAAACUAAGCGUGGUCAAGCUGCACUUGCCCGUCUCCGCGUUUUCGAUGGCAUUCCACCACCAUACGACAAGCGUCGUCGUGUCUGUGUACCAAUCGCCAUGCGUGUCCUCACUCUGCGUUCUGACCGCAAAUACUGCCAAGUCGGACGUUUGUCAAGCGAAGUCGGCUGGCACUACCAAGAUGUCGUUAAGAGUCUGGAAAGGAAACGCAAGGCUAAGUUGCGUGUCACUUUGAAACACAACAGAAUCAUGAAGAAGUUGACUGUUAAGGCUCGCGAAAACAUUGCGAAGGUAGCGGAACCUUUCAACAAAAUCAUUAAAUCUUACGGAUACGAAGUUUAAAUUACGUACCCCUAAGUUUGUUUAAAAUGAUAAGAAUUCAUUUUUUAAUAAAAAGAAUAACAUAAGUAAAAUUA